AUGGAGUGCUACCAUGAAAUUGAGGACUGCCACAGGUGUUAUGAGGAAAAAACUGCAGCCUGUGAACUCAAAAGACGUAUAUUCAGCUUCAGUCGUCAAACCGUGAACUCAUCACUAGAGGGUGAUAUGAACCCUACAUUUCACCACAGAAUUCACAUCCCAUCCUCAGCUUUCAAAGGAGCUGCCACCACAGUGAUGGCUUCUGUUAUCAACAGCACUUAUUUUAAGCUGAGUCCUCCUCAGAAAAGUAGAUUCCAAUUCCACCGCAGAGAAGGCACUGUGCUCGGAGGAUUAGUCCUCGCGGUGAAGGCAGUUAACAUGGCGGAAAAUGGUGAAAUCAUCAGAAAUCUCUUACAACCCAUCAUGUUAUUCUUCAAACACAACAAAAAGUCUUCACAGAUUACAGAUGGGACUUGUGUAUUUUGGCAGGAAUCAGACAAUGGAACAGGUUACUGGAGUGUUAAAGGCUGCAAGACCAAUAAAACUGAAGAUGAAUUUAUUUGCAGCUGCGACCAUCUCAGCUUCUUUGCUGUUCUUGUGGUAAGUCUGCACAUGCAACUUACAGGGGCAAUGUUCUGCCUCCACCUCAGCUUCCUGCUGUGCAGUUUCUGGGAAUGGCUGAGGAAAAAUGAGGACAGCUCAAUUUGCCUGGUUCUUGGUCUCUUUCUACAUUGGUCUCUGCUGGCCACCUUGACCUGGAGUGCUCUGGAGGGGUUUCAAAUCUACCUUUUGCUCAUUCGGGUCUUUAACAUCUAUAUCAGGAGAUACCUGCUCAAACUCUGCCUGGUUGGAUGGGGUUUUCCCACAUUGGUCGCAACAAUUUGUGGGAUUUCAGGUGUUUAUGGCAAGUACACUCUACAACUAAGGGAAACCAAAAAUGGCAAUUCAACAGCACAAAUGUGCUGGAUUAGCAGCGACUUCCAAUCAAAGCGUCCUCUAGUCAGCUACAUCACUACCGUGGCCUUUCCUUUGUUGGUGGUCCUGUUCAACGCCUGCAUGCUGGGGCUGGUUGUGUGUAAGAUGCGGAAAUUAAGAAGUGAUGAUAAGAAGAUGAGCUUUGGAAGCAGCAGUGACUGGAAGGAGACAAACAAAGAGAAAAAAAAGAGGUUAUGGAGGGACUGUGUCACAGUGCUGGGCCUCAGCUUUGUGCUGGGGUUACCUUGGGGGUUAGCCAGCACUACGUACGUUUCACUCGCUGGGAUCUACAUAUUCACCAUUUUGAACUCCCUUCAAGGUCUAUUUAUAUUUCUUUGGUCUGUGGGUUUGGCCCGGAAGUCUUGA